UAUUUUUUUGUAUAAACUGUGAUUAUGAGUUCCACAAAGUCGCAAGUAGCAGUUGCUACAACUAUACCAACAAUGUCCUCUCAAAAGGAUUAUAGCACUGAAGAGCAUUUAGGUCGUCAAAACAGUUUUGGAAAUAAUAGACGAGGAAAUAUGAAGGGCAAGCAUCUGACACGUAGCCAUGCAAUGCGUGAAUCUACCUCUCCACCACGUACACCAACACCACGAGCCGAUCAUAGCAACUCCUCAACAAAUAGUCAAACAUCAAACUAUCAGCAUCAUCAAGCCGAUAUCAAUGAAAACAUUAACUCAAACGGCAAUAAUAAUAAACUGCAUGCACAAUCAGGACAGCAAAGAGGCAAUUCUCCAAUAAUGGAGGCACCAGCAGUGAUUAUCACUAAUCAACAGCAACAAAAUGUCGCACUUACCAACGAAGCGGAAUUUCCUAAAUUAUCUCCACCUAAAUCAAAAGGUGGCAAUGGUAAUACCGCCGGUAUUCAGAAGAAUAACAAUAAUGGUAACAAUACCAGCGGUAGCAACAGCAGCAAUAAUAGCUCUAAUGGUACAACCGAAACCAACAAUAAAAUUGAGUACAUCAACAACAAUAGUAAUAGCAAUACCAAUACCAAUAACAGUAAUGGUAAUGGCAAUGGUAAUGGUAACAGCAAUGGAAACGGAAAGAAACUAGUUGUUGAUUUAAAAACCACUACAAACAACAAUGGAGACGAUUCGCACAAGAACAAUAACAAUAACAAUAAUAAUAGCGGCAUUAACUGCAUUAAUAAUAACAAUAAUAAAGCUCACCAACAAUCGUAUAACAACAGCAGCACCAAUGCAUUGCAGCAAGCAUUAAAUGUUGGCAGUGAUUAUGACACACGCAAUCAACAAACAUCAACAGCAGCUACUUGCACGUCAUCAACAACCACAACAAUAUAUAAUUCUGGCAUGAAUUAUCAAUUGAAUCCAACUGAUGUGAACAAUUCAGUUACAUCCCAAAAUCAACAGCAAAAUGCUUAUGAAAAGGACAACAAUCGUUCUCCACGUAAUGACAGUCAGAACAGCAACAUUUCAAACUCCCACGACGAUGAGCAACACUAUGAACGCGGUGGUGGAGGCGGAGGCGGUGGUAACAAAAAGCAUCGCACCAAUUCGAAUUCAAAGGGUACUAAGCCACGUUUGAAGAAUAUGGGUUCAUCUGGAAGCGUUGAAGGUAACACAAACAGCAACAAUACUUCAGGAUUUAUAUCAAGAGUUUUCAACAACUCAGAAAAUUCUGGAGAUCAAUUCACCGAUUAUGGUGGUACUGAUUUGUUUAGCUUUUUUAAAGAAACUCUUAAUAAGAAUCUUAAGGAUCGGCAUAUAUUGUUAAAAAUCGAAAAGGAUCUCAUCGAUUUUGUACAGGAUAAAAGCCGCAAUGAAAUGCGUUUUCCUUCGGCUUCUUCCUACAAUCGCAUGCUGAUACAUCGUACUGCAGCUUAUUUUGGAUUAGAGCACAAUGUGGAUGCCGAUACACAACAAUGUGUGAUUGUGGCUACAACGAAAAAUACUCGUAUACCAGAAAUACGCUUUAAAUCGCUUGUUAGUGAAAUUCGUAAUGAAUCGCGCAAAUCUAUUCUAAAACGUGAUACGCACAGCUUUGAUGAGGCGCGCCAAAGCAGUUAUUUGUGUCCUGAUCGCGGUGUGCUUGAUCGUAAAGCCAAAAGCUUUGAGGAACGUGAAGAGGACUAUGAAAGAGCGCGCAGUAGAAUUUUUAACAGAAGUACCAAUGAUAAUAGUGAAGAUGGUGAUGAUUAUAUAAAUAUGGGUUGGACAAGUAUUGCUGAUCCGCAACCUAAUCGCAAUAGACCAAAUGGCAAAAUGUUAAAAAUGCAUCCUCCAAAUGAAGCACGUGGUGAUGGUCGUUCUGCUGGUGCUGUGCCAAAAGCACAUAGCUUUGGCGGUUAUGGUGGCUUAGCGUGUAAUAAUAAUGCAUCCGUUUUACGUGGCGAUUCAAUUAAUUCAAAUAAAGUUAGUGGUAGUGGGCGUGUUUUUAAUAAACAAGAUUCUGCCGGCAGUGCUAAUACACCUUGGCGUUUAUCACCAUCAAGUAGCGGUUCAAUUUAUCACUUUGAUCCGUCCAACUUGCCUCCUGGUCAAACAAUUACAACAGGUUAUCACGCUGGUGGAAAUUCAACAGGGAAUUACAUGCCAUCACCAAUAAAUGUAAAAAAGAACAAGUCACACAUUUCACAACAUCCGCAUCAUCAAACUAAGAAUACAUCAAAUAAUGAAACAGGAGCUUCUUCAGUUGAUGAUACAUCUGAAUCUUCAACUCAAACCUUAACAUACAGUGCUGAAACAGCUGCAGAGCCAAAAGCUAAAACCGCUAAUUUGGCAACUGGAAAGGAAGAAGAUCAGAGUGGUGCCGAUGAAUGCGAUAAUUUGCAGAGUGGCUGUUUGAGCAUAACAACAUCUACAUCCACUAAAAAUUACGACCGCAUUGAGGUGCAGAAGUUUAAGAAUCAAGCUACUAGUCCAAAUAUUCCAACAGAGAAAGAUGAAGGGCAAAAACGCGAAAAUUCGUCAGCUUCAUCGGAAAGUUCAAAUCAAUGUGAUCAACCUACUACACGUCAGCCGCAAACGAUAUCACAGUCAUCUACAGUUACAUCACAGGCACCAAAUCGCGAAACACCACACUCAUCUCGUUCAACACCAUUUAGCAAUAGUGAUUUGAAUGCAAAACGCGCUUCUGAGGAACCGAAAGCAACCACUUGGACUUAUACACAAAGUUAUCAGGCGCCAGAUGGUUCAACAGUUUUCCACACAACAACAACGCCAAAUGGCAGUCCAUAUUGUGGUACAACAUAUCAACAAGGGCCUGAUGGCAGUGUUUACGCCAUACCUCAAGGCAUGGUUUAUGCUUAUCCCCCUCCAGUUGAAGGAGAAGUGCAGGGAUAUUUCAUGCCAGUUUUUGACCCAACUCAACAACGGCCUGAGUCAGCUAGCAUAAUACCAGCUGCCCAAGCCAUAUAUCCAGCUGCUGGUAGCACUGCUACUAUGGUUCCUGUAGCUGCUGCGUAUACGUCUCAGUUUGCUGCCACAAAUGGUGCUCCAAUUUAUCCAUUAUACCCUAGUGAGCAAUUCGCAGCAAGUGGUGCAACUGUCGCAGCAGCCACACCCGCAAAUGGACAAAUACAACAAAUUCCAAUGGCCACUUAUCCGAUCAGUGGAUAUCCGUAUGCCUAUAAUGGUUAUUGGGGUCAAACAAUGACAUAUUAUGUACCUCAGCAGGCUCUAGCAAAUGCAGUUGCUGCCACACCUAUAUUAUCGGCACCACCACCACCACCACCUCCACCUCCUGCAACUGUGCCUGGUGCACAUGUUAGCAAUAUAACUGCAGCAACGCCGGCUGGUCCGUCGUCAAAUGCUACCUCUAUGCAUAAUAGUGGAAAUGGCAAUAGCGGAGGUGGUAGCAAUAUAGUUGCAACUACAAGUGGCAAUUAUCAUACACACAGUGGUACGACAUAUUUUGGUACCGGACGUAUUAAACGACCAACACCAGCACAUCACUAUAAUGGACCACAAAGUAGUGGUCACCAGUUAAUGGCAACUAUUCCUAGUGCUGGCGGCGCUACAGCUACAUAUCAAUUGGGACAUGCUGUGCCAACACUAACGCUGGCCAAUCCAGCUGCUACUGCAAAUGAUCUCAGCGCUCCAGGAGCAGCGCCAACUGCAACCAUGUACGCUUUACCACAACACGCAGCCUUGUUCCCUGCCAAUGUGUUCCCAUACACAGCUGCAGCUGGUCCAGCCGCUGUGCAUACACCACAUACUGCAACGGGUACAGCCGCAACAGGUACUACUCAUGCACAACAAUCUAAUGCUGUGAUCACACCUAUUUAUGCUCAUCCACCGCCUCAACUGCAUGCACACGGUCACGUGCCUGGGCCAGCUGCUAUACCAAUUGUAGAUCCAGUAACUCUCGAACACAUUACUGGCACUGUACAAGUCGCCAACAGCAGCAAUGGCGGUGCUGCUUCUUUUACAAGCAGCAGUAAUAACUCACAAUCUGCGCCAAGCACACCUCAUUCACUUUCAUCUCAACAACUACAGCGCAACCCGCCGCUCUUUUCAACGCCUCCAACAGCUGCUACUGGUAAUGGAAAUUACAGCAGUGCUAGUUCUACACCACAUUAUUAUACAACUGUUAAUUCUGAUCAAAACAGUAUCAUUGCCUCAAAUAGUCCACAUAAUGCUUAUAAUUCAUCAUAUGAAAAACGCACAAGUAAUAUUGUCAUCACGGGAAAUAAGAAACCACCAUCCUUUGCUAGCGGAAAUAAUGUCAAUCGUCAAAAUAUAACCAACUCCAUAACCUACAAUAAUGGUUCUACGAGUAACAAACCUGCAUUGAUUGCAAUUAACAACGAUACUCGUGGUUCACCAAAUAAUUCCAAUAGUGGUUAUCAAGGUACACGACCUCAUAUUAUAAAUAAACGGGGGGAUAAACAACAGACACCACUUCUAAGUGGUCCUCCUAGUUAUACUGGUAACACUAUUAGUACUCAUCAUACCAUGUCGUCAGAUGCUACAACUGGCAAACCACCAAUAAGAUUAAAUGCUGCCGCUGCUAGUUUCAGACAUAAAUCCAAUAACUCGAUCGAAUAUAGACGAAGUGUGUCGCAACGUAAUUCACCCGGAACAAAUUCCAGCAGCAACGAAAAUAGCAACAACAAUUCACCAAAUAGCAUUUCUGCCGCAUCUACUACACCAAUUACUAAUUGCUUCGUGCCCACUUACAUAGGAAACAAUAGUAACAGUGCUGGUAUGCAUGCAGAUCAACCACAAACAACUCCUACAGCUUCAUUGUAUAUAGCUGCUCGUGGCACGAAUCACAUUCCGCCUCCUCUACCGCAUGGUGGCACAGUUGUUGCCACCACUAGCGGUGCAGCAACUGUGUUAGGUGGUGCAAUGGCACAUCACCAACCGUUGCUAGGUACCUACAAUCCAAAUGCUGGAUCAGGAAUGUACGUUAAGUACGGACAAACUAUUUUUGCACACCCAUCCGUAACGCUGCAAAAUAGUCGCCGAUCUCCAUCAACCGAUCUAAGGCCCCCAAUGGCUCAAAUGACUGGAAUGUAUCCGACUGUAAAUAUGAUGAUACCAGCACAUCCACGUCAUGCGCCAAGUAGACAUCCAAAUCCCAACUACAAAGGGACGCGGCCACGUUAAGCAACAUUCAAAACAAUGAUGCUAUACUAAAAUCUAAAUAAAAAAUUAAUUUAAUAUAUUUACUAGUAACAGCAUAUAAAGCGUAGAUAACAAUAAUUUUAAAUCGCAUAAGAAAACAAUUCUAAGCUAAAAGGUAAAAUAUUACAAAAAUUUAUUAAAAAUAAUAUUUUCCGGGCCAUUUUACAAAGAGACAAAAAGAUGAAAGUGACAAAAUUAUAUUAAUAUUAGUAAACAUAGAAAUUUAACGACAUAAACAAAAACAGGAUCCACAACAGACAACUGAAAAGACAUACAAAGAUAUAUGUAUGAGAAAAAUAAAACAGAGAAACCACUUCUAUCUUUUGUUAUAACUAAAAUGUAUAUAAACGUUUUAAUUCUUCCACUUGACAAUUAGGUCAGAAAAGAAAGUAAAUAUGUCUGUGCCAUAAAAAAAACAAAUAACAAACAACAAAAAACAAAACAAUUAACAAUAGUCAAUACUUAUAAACUCCUUCUGAGUUAACUUUAAAAGACACCAAUAGUACAUGAUUAGCACAUACAGUUUGU